AUGGAACUGGAACCGAGAAGGGGCGCGCGGUAUUUAAGCAUGGAGAAAUGCUCUCACCGCAUCCACUCACCUGAGUCCUUCCGACAACACAUCAUGGCAGCCAAGCUGAUCGUUGUGGCGACCGCCCUCGCCCUGUGCCAGGCUACCCCGGUCCUAUACAACGGUGAGUUCGGUAAACACCAUAGAAGAAAGGUUACAAUAAAAUUGAUCCAAGUCCCAGUUAAUUUUAAAUUCCAAGCUUAUUUGAAGUUGGAGAACUUGGAUUUCAUUUCAGGUUUCUUAUACCGUGAUGGUCGGAACUUCGCGAUCAGCAAGGCGUACAGCAACAACCUUGGUAGCCAGGCCUCCGGAGAAGCCGCGGUGAACGACCUGGUCGAGCUUUACAACGCCCCCGCCGCCCCCGUCUACGGAUCUGCUAAAGCUGUAGCUGAAGUUCAGAACAGUGGCGCCAUUUUCUACACUCCCGCUCCCGCCACCAUCGUCUCGUAUGAGCAGAACUUUGCUCCCGCUGAGAUCAGUUACGGAGCCCCGGCCGCUCAGUCCGCGCAGUCCACUGCUUCGAUAAACGGUGAUAGCGACUCUUCAAUCGCUUCGGCUUCAUCCAUUGGCGCUGGAUCUGCAACUUCGUCCGCUCGCACCCAAGGAAUCGGCAGCUACAGGACUUCUAGCAACGCCAACACCUACGGCUCCGGCUUUGGAUCGGCCUCCUCGAACGCCAACUCAGGUGUCGGCUCGGCGAUCACUGCCGCGCGGACUCAAGGCAACGGAUUUAGCUCUGCCACUUCCCAGGCUGAUGGCGGUCUGGCGAACCGCGCCACCGCUGACGCUCAAUCUAACGGAGGGUAUGGGUCUGCCUCUUCUAAUGCCAACAACGCUCAAGGCUCCGCUAUCAGCUCGGCUAAGACUCAAGGCUACACCGGCUCAGCUGCCUCCGACGCAUCCGUGAAUACCGGAUACAACAACGCGAUCUCUGCCGCUAAAGUCGCGCCUGCACCCCAGAAGACGAUCCACUGGCGCUUCGGAACCCUCUACGGUACUCCUUCUCACAUCAACACUCGCGCUCAGGCUAACGCUAACGGCUUCAACGCUGCCAAAUCCACCGCUGACGUGCACCAGGCUGGCUCCGCACACUCCGCCGCCAACACUUACGGCUCGGACGGCUCCGCUAACGCCAACGCCAACGUGAACGGAGGCUUCGGGUCCGCUAACUCCGAGGCCAACACUCACGGCUCCGGUUUCGCCAAGAGCGCCGCCAACACUCAAGGUUCUGUCUAUGGCUCCGCUCAGUCUCAGGCCAACACUCACGGCGCCGGCUUUGGCGCGGCCAAGUCAUCUGCCAACACCGGUUACGGUUCUGCUAACGCUAACGCCGACGUCAACGGAGCAGCUGGUUUCGCGAAGUCCGCAGCCAACAACGGCUUGGGUUACGGAUCAGCUAUUUCUUCAGCCAACAGCAAUGGCUUCGGGUCGGCGCGCUCGGACGCCAACACGCAUGGAUUCGGCUUGGCGCACGCUAACGCUAGAGUUAACUAAGUCAAACAGCAAAUAAGCAAGUACAGUAAGAUGACAAAUUACUUAUCUUGAUGUACUUCCUCGUAAGACUUAAUUUAUUUUAGUUAAGCUAUUUAUUUAUUAGUUUUAAAGUUGACCAGCGUGGUGAAAUAAAAGACUUUCGUUUAACACCUUUGUUUUCAUGCGAAAUUCCCAAUCACAAUACUAAUAUAAAAACAUACUGCACGCACGCAAUGCACUUUGAAAAUAAUGGUGGAUCCAGCAGAUUAAUAAAGACAGC